GAAGUAAAAAAAUUUUAAAAAAAGUUUGACUACAAUUAUAAACACUAUAUAAAUUCUACAAAGAAUGAAUACUUAAAGCAUCCAAAAUCACCACCCCCAGAAAAAUUAAAAGAAAAGUUGAAAGACUAAAAAAAAAAUUAUGAUUGAAUCAAUUGCAAAAUGGUUGCUAAUCUUGAUCUUAAUCACUUCAAUAAUCUCGAUUCCGGCAACCGGAGUAUGGCUAGUGUACCAACCCGGCGAGGUUUGCCUAGGUGAGAAUCAGAUUGGCAAUCCUGGGCAAGUGUAUAUAAUGUCUAGCAUCUUCACUAUCAUGACUAUUUGUUGCUUUUCACUUCGUGAGUGCAACUUCAAUAGACGCCAGAAAAAACAGAUGAAUAUAACCUGCGUUGGCACUGGCGCAGUUCUCUUUGUUGGUACAAUAUACAUGGCCGUAUAUACUUUAAUACAAAGCACUGUGGGCUUCGCCUCACUUGAGAGGCAGAUUAGUCAGACUGAGAGAUGGAUGGACAUUGAGCACUGCCUUUACAAAGAUAAGGAAGUGUGUGCUCAUUUACAACACAAAUAUGCUGAUGACACUCGAGAUCAGUUUGUUAAUAGAAACUUUACUCAUAUACAGUCUGGAUGUUGCAAACCUCCGGUGGAGUGUAACUUCAAUUUCUCAAGCCCAACGGUUUGGAUCGAGCCUAACAAUAGCACCUACUCAAACUCCGACUGUUACAAAUGGGAUAAUGACCCAAAAAAGCUUUGUUACAAUUGUCAAAUAUGCAAGCUUGGUUUUGCCCAAGAUGUGAAGAAGGCAUGGACUAUAAGUGGUGCUAUAGUCAUUAUUUCUAUGCUCAUGACGCCUGUAUUAGCUAUUUUAUCCAUUCGAGUUUUCAGCAAAGAAGAGUCUGGCUACAAUGAACUUAGGUAGCAAUAAGAUACUACUGCUUUGUUGACUUUAUCAGAAGAUUAUUAGUGGUCUGAUUAUUUCUAAUUUGAUGACCUUUUAUUUUCCUUUUCUGCUGACUUUCUUAGUGAGUUCGUGAGUGGUGAUAUUUUUAAUGUUGGAUGCUUUUGUUUCAAUAAUUUAUAUAUGUUCUGGUACGUAGUGUACUAGUCUAAUUUCUUUUCACUUUGGAUUAUGUAUUAGUCUCUAUUUGGUUGGAAGAAACAAUUGUCAUUGCCAAUUGAAAGAAAAUAUAUAGUUGUAAUUUUUUUUUUUUUUUUAUAUUUCUCUUACGUAGAAAAAGUUGUAGAGAAGAUGGAUUAAAGAGCUAUAUUUAAACUCUUAAGAAACUAUAUUAUAUCUUCUAUUUUCCAUUUUCUGCAAACCUCAUGAAAAAGAAACUAGAAAAACGAACAAUCUUUCUCUCAAAUAAACACUCUCUAAUGUCUCUCUUUACAAUAUGCGAGAGGAGAUAGAUAAGAAUAGAUCAAAUGAGAAACUUAUGUGAUAAGAGAUACAUAGAAAAAACUUAUAUCUUUUUAGUAAUGCAUGUUGUAAUUAAUAUUGAACUUUUUUUUAGGCGCAAUUAAUUUUAUCUGGAUUAGGAUCCUACUUUGGAUGACAUUGGUAGGUGGGAUCGAAUCGGUAGUAUUACACAGAAAAAAAUACUAUGUUAAUAUUAUUAUGGACCAAGUACAUAGGGGUGUAAGUGGAUUGGACUGGAUCAGACUUUACCAAAUUUA